AUGAAAUCUCUUUACCUUCUUUUUAAACCAAAGUCUUCUCCCGCCAAAAUAUAUUUUCCGGCCGAUCGUCGAGCCUCACCGGACGGAUCUCACUUCAUAUCGCUGAUUCACGCCUGCAAAGACACCGUAAGUCUCCGCCGUGUUCACGCCCAGAUCCUUCGUCUCGGCGUCCUCAGUAGCCGCGUCGCUGCUCAGCUAGUUUCUUGCUCUUCUCUUCUAAAAUCCCCCGAUUACAGCCUCUCGAUUUUCAGACAUUUGAAAGAGAAGAAUCUGUUCCUUUUCAAUGCUUUGAUCUGUGGUUUGACGGAGAACGCUCGUUUCGAGUGUUCGGUUCGUCAUUUCAUUCUCAUGUUGAGGCUUGGUGUGAGACCUGAUCAGCUUACUUUCCCGUUUGUUCUCAAGUCUAAUUCUAAAUUAAAGUUUAGAUGGUUGGGUAGGGCUCUUCAUGCCGCGACUGUGAAGGAUUGUGUUGAUUGUGAUUCCUUUGUUAGGGUAUCUUUGGUUGAUAUGUAUGCUAAGACUGGAGAAUUACGUUAUGCCUCCCAAGUGUUCGACGAAAGUCCUGAGAGAAUCAAGAAGGAGAGUGUUUUGCUAUGGAAUGUUUUGAUUAAUGGGUAUUGUCGAGUCAAGGAUAUGCAAAUGGCUAAGACAAUUUUUGAGUCCAUGCCAGAGAGAAAUUCAGGGUCUUGGAGUACUUUGAUCAAGGGUUAUGUUGAUAGUGGCAAGUUGAACAGAGCAAGGCGGCUUUUUGAAUCAAUGCCAGAGAAAAAUGUGGUUUCUUGGACGACUUUAAUUAAUGGGUUUUCUCAAAAUUGCGACUAUGAAACUGCGAUUUCGACUUAUUUUGAGAUGCUGGAGAAGGGCAUGAAGCCUAACGAGUACACAAUCGCUGCUGUGCUCUCUGCAUGUUCAAAAUCUGGUGCUCUUGGAUCAGGAAUGAGAAUUCAUGGUUAUGUUUUGGACAAUGGGAUUAUAUUGGAUAGAGCUAUAGGGACAGCUCUCAUAGAUAUGUAUGCAAAAUGUGGCGAAGUUGAUUGUGCGGCUACUGUGUUCAGUAAUAUGAGGCAUAAGGAUAUUCUGUCUUGGACUGCUAUGAUACAAGGUUGGGCGGUUCAUGGACGAUUCAAACAGGCUAUCCUUUGCUUCAGACAGAUGAUGUAUGCCGGAGAGAAGCCAGAUGAGGUUGUGUUUCUUGCAGUUCUAACUGCAUGUUUGAACUCAGGCGAAGUAGACUUGGGAAUUAAUUUCUUCGAUAGCAUGAGGCUUGACUAUGCGAUUGAGCCCACUCUGAAACAUUAUGUGUUAGUGGUUGAUCUGUUAGGUAGAGCAGGGAAAUUGAACGAAGCACAUGAGCUUAUAGAAACUAUGCCGAUAAAUCCUGAUCUUACAACAUGGGCUGCACUCUAUCGUGCUUGCAAGGCGCACAAAAGUAAUAGAAGAGGUGAAAUGGUGUCGCAAAAUCUUUUGGAGAUUGAUCCAGAGCUUUGUGGUAAUUAUAUUUUCUUAGACAAAACAUCUGCGGCUGAAGGGAAGUAUCAACAAGUAGAGAAAAGAAGAUUACCAUUGCGGAAGAUAGUCAAAGAACUAAGCACGGGAUGGAGUUAUAUUGAAUUGGAUGGUCAACUGAACAACUUCGCAGCAGGUGAUUAUUCUCAUAAUCAAGCACAAGAGAUACGUUUGAAGCUUGAGGAGAUCAUAUCGCUUGCUGUUGAGAGAGGAUACAUUCCAGGAGCUGAUUGGUCGAUUCACGACAUUGAAGAAGAAGAGAAGGAGAAUGUUACUGGAAUCCAUAGUGAGAAACUGGCUCUUGCACUUGGAAUUCUUAGAACUGCUCCUGGAACCGCGAUAAGGAUCGUUAAGAACCUUAGAAUCUGCGGAGAUUGCCAUUCUUUAAUGAAAUAUGUUAGUAAGAUCAGCCAAAGAGAGAUUCUACUGAGAGAUGCAAGACAGUUUCAUGAUUUCAAAGAUGGAGGUUGUUCAUGUGGUGAUUAUUGGUGA